GGGUGUCCAAGUGUGCAGCAGGUUUAUGAGCACAGCAGCAGCUAGAAGAAGAGGAGAGAGGAGGAAGAGGAGGAGGAGGAGGAAAGAGGAAGACCAGCCUGGGAGGAGCAGUCGAGAGGAGGAGGCCAGGAAGAAGGUGUGCUCCUCCUUACCUGGAGGAUUCAUGAAAGAAGCCAUGCCUGUGCUGACAGCAGGAGCAGGGCUCCACGAGACGUUGGCCUUGCUGACUUCGCAGCUGCGGCCCGACGCCAACCACAAGGAGGACAUGGUCUUCCUCAAAGACGUCUUCAGCGAGAGAAGCUUGGCGUACCUGAUGAAGAUCCACGAGAGGCUGAGACAGUAUGAGAGACAAUGUCCGAGUCCUGUCCUGCAUAGCGUUUCCUCUCUUGCUGAAGACGUGACGGACGAGUUGCAGACUCGCCCGAUGAACGCGGAGGAACAAGAGCUGCUCCAUCUGCUCACGUCACCGCAUCUCAAAGCCCUCCUGUCCGUGCACGACACGGUAGCCCAGAAAAGUUUUGAUCCCGUCCUGCCGCCGCUGCCGGACGACUACGAUGACGAGCUGGAGGAGGAGUCGGUGAAGAUUGUGCGUCUGGUGAAGAACAAAGAGCCUCUGGGCGCCACCAUCAGGAGGGAUGACGCCAGCGGGGCCGUGAUUGUGGCUCGUAUCAUGAGAGGCGGUGCGGCCGACAGAAGUGGUUUGGUCCAUGUCGGAGACGAACUCAGGGAAGUCAACGGCGUCUCGGUGGUCCACAAGAGGCCUGAUGAGAUCAGUCAGUUGCUGUCGCAGUCACAGGGCUCCAUUACGCUGAAGAUCAUCCCCGCCGUUAAAGAAGAAGACCGAUUGAGGGAGAGCAAGGUGUACUUGCGAGCCUUGUUCGACUACAUCCCAUUGGAGGACAAGGCCACGCCUUGCCAGGAGGCCGGACUGCCCUUCAAACGGGGCGACAUCCUGCAGGUGGUGACCCAGGACGACCCCACUUGGUGGCAGGCCAAGCGAGUGGGCGACAGCAACCUGCGUGCCGGGCUCAUCCCGUCCAAACACUUCCAGGAGAGGCGAUUGGCCUACAGGAUGAAAGUGGGCACGCUGCCCAACCCCAAGUCGCCAAAAACGCCUUCCUAUGAUCAAGCGUGCGAUAAAGACGACUGUGACUGUGAGGGCUAUUUCAAUGGACAGUACAUAGUCUCUCCCAAGUGUAACGCAGUGGCGCCCUCCUGUGGUCAGGUGUUUUCCUGGGAAUUUUAUUCAGCCGGUCUGCGCAGGAGCUUCCGCCUAAGUCGGAAAGACCGACAAGGCUCCUCAAGCGACGGCUCUGACCCGGGAGACUCUGAAUUCCUGACCUAUGAGGAGGUGAGCCGCUACCAGCAGCGGCCCAACGAGAGGCCUCGGCUGGUGGUUCUGAUCGGUUCUCUGGGAGCACGGAUCAAUGAACUCAAGCAGCGAGUGAUCGCCGAGAACCCGCAUCGCUACGCGGUGGCCGUACCACAUACCACCAGGCCCAAGAAAGCGCACGAGAAGGAAGGUGUGGAGUAUCACUUUGUCACCAAGCAGCAAUUUGACGCUGAUGUCCUCCACAACAAGUUCAUCGAGCACGGCGAGUACAAGGAGAACCAGUACGGCACCAGUAUCGAGGCCAUCCGCUCCGUGCAGGCCAAGAACAAAAUGUGCAUCGUGGACGUUCAGCCCGAGGCCUUGAGACGGCUGCGGACGGCCGAGUUCAAGCCCUACGUGGUUUUUGUCAAACCGCGGGUUCCCGAAAGCAGACGGCGACGCGCCGCCACCUCGCCGGGAGGGGCGGAGCAAGGGCGUGUUACGGACGAGGACCUCCAGGAGAUGCGCCAGUCCGCUCUCCAGAUGGAUCAACAGUAUGGACAUCUGGUGGAUCGGGUCCUAAUCAAAGAGGACUCUGCCAGCGCCUGCGCAGAACUGCAGAGUAUUUUGGAAAGACUAGAGCGCGAGUGCUUCUGGGUGCCUCUAAGCUGGCUUCGGACCUAAAAAUGCCUCCAAAGCGCCUGACUCUCUUGAGGGUCUGCUGUGCCGUGCCACCCGCAGGGGAGUGGAAAUUGCAAAGAUCCCAUCCCAUCCCAUCCCAUGCAAGGAAGGGCACAUUGAUCAGGUUUGCAUUCAAGAAGUGAUUCCUAUUUCAUGGCUGCUGCCUGGCAUGGUGAAGCACUCAGUCAUCUUGACCACGACUCCUGUUGGAGUCCACCUAGUAGCAUGUUUUAUAAUGAAUACAGGUCACAGAAUGCUGAACAUCGGAUUCUUUUUCCACCAGAUUGGUUUCAAGGAACUGCAUGUCCACUUGCGCAUUUCAUGUCAAUGAUGUACAUGUGACUCCUGGUGUGCCAACCAACGCAACCUGUUUACCUUGGCGUCCCUUGGAGCCUGCACCUGUUUGUAUGGAUGGAGGAAUAUUUUUGGGGCUUUAUGAAUUCUAAUAUUUUGCUGAUGUUACAAAAAAUACCAAUGGUAAAUUGCAAUUAAAAAGUGAUGACUGCAUCGCAUCUUGUCCCCCAAAAAACAAAACAUUUAUUUUAAGAGUAUUUGGACGAACAUUACAUUGUGGCUGCUGUCUUGCAGGUUACCAACAUUUUUAACCUUGUUAAGAUGAUUUGACGAUAUAAUGACGCUCAAGUCCUGAAAAUGCAAUAAAACCUGACGAUCAGAAUUCUUCUUUUUCCUGGUAUGCUAAUUUGGUACAAGAGGCUAAUUUCAGAGCAAAUAUACCAUUUGUUUUGGUUUUCAAAUGCCGUGUUAGCCUCAAAAUCAUUUGUAACGUGUAAACAUGUAAAACGUGCCAUAAUAAAUAAAGCUAGGAAGGCUGA